GAGUAUCACACAAUGUCGUGCUAGAAUCUUGGUUCAGGUGAGAUUCAAGUUUGGUAUAUAUGUUUGCUUCAUGUCUAGAAAGAUAAUUAAAACUUGAUGAAAUGAAGCCUUCACAAAUUGUAAUAUUUCAAAGGUAAUUUUGAUUUGACACACACUACAUGUGUACCUAACAUGUGAAUAACUUGUGUGUAAAGGACGUCACAGUUUGUGAAAAGAACCUCAGAAUGGUCCAUCUUCAUUUUCAAAGUUUCCAAUUUUUUUGGGCAGGAUGUGGAAGCUUCUGCAAAAUAUCACAAAGGAGGAUGAGCAGGAUCUUUAUCUUGGGACAAAUGACAUCUUUCGUCCUGACCUGAAACAGAUUGGAAACAGUCUCUUUGAAAUCAGAAGAUACUUUAUUGAGAAGGAUGGCCAGAAUUUUGCGCCAAUAAAACUAAGGACCCCUUUAGCACAAGUGAAAGAACGACUCAUCGAACACAUAGAAAAUCAUGCAUACGACUUUGUUUUUUGAUCCUCUCACCAAUGAAGUGGUAGAUUUUCCAAAUCCAAAGGCUGGACCAUGUUUUGUGUUCUUGUCCCAUUCGUUAUCAGUUGCGUUAGAUUUCUGCACAUCACCCCGACCAAGCAACAUUGUAUGUGAUGUAUUCCUGGCUCUGCCUACACAGUCUGUGAUAGUUUUGUCACUGGUUGAUGGGGAUGAAGACUGUCCUGAAGCAGUGACAUACAGUAUGUCAGUGGCGAGAGGAGUGAUAGAGACACUAAGCAGGUUCACUGAUGAGGAUAUCAACUCAAUCCAUGGAGUCAUUCCCAUUUCUCUCCUUGAGGAUGCUGUUGGAUUUAAGAAUCGAUUAAAGAAGCUGGCAAAUGAGUCUUCUCAGUUUGUCACAAACGAUUCUUUGGUAAUGACUCCCAGUAGGUAUGAGAAAGUCCUGACUGCUUUCUGGGCUGGUGUUGCUGAAACGAAGUCGGUGCUAAGAGAAGAAAGUGGAGACACCGAUGGCGACUAUCUUAGAUUUCUCACCAAAGAACAAUGUAUCAUUCUGGUGGAGAAUAUAAACAGUAAGGACGUCGAGGUCAAGUGCAUGCCCGGUAGUGGAGCCACGACUCUGAUGCUGGAGGUGGCUAGGAGACUGAACAGACUUGGGGACACUAUGCUUGUAUGUAGGUCACGAAAGGAGAGGGACAGGCUCAGGUCGGUGUACCCAUCAGCUGUAGCAGCAGAGGAUCUCAGUAUGGUGGACAUGUCGUCCUGCGUGAAUAUAGUCCAUGAAACCAACACGCUCAUGGCACAAACAAGCGGACAACAUUGGCGAUUUACGACCUAUCCAACUGCUGUCAAAGAACUGAAGUCCCAAGUAUUGGAGCAAAAUAUCACAAAGGAGGAUGAGCAGGAUCUUUAUCUUGGGACAAAUGACAUCUUUCGUCCUGACCUGAAACAGAUUGGAAACAGUCUCUUUGAAAUCAGAAGAUACUUUAUUGAGAAGGAUGGCCAGAAUUUUGCGCCAACAAAACUAAGGACCCCUUUAGCACAAGUGAAAGAACGACUCAUCGAACACAUAGAAAAUCAUGCAUACGACUUUGUUUUUGAUCCUCUCACCAAUGAAGUGGUAGAUUUUCCAAAUCCAAAGGCUGGACCAUGUUUUGUGUUCUUGUCCCAUUCGUUAUCAGUUGCGUUAGAUUUCUGCACAUCACCCCGACCAAGCAACAUUGUAUGUGAUGUAUUCCUGGCUCUGCCUACACAGUCUGUGAUAGUUUUGUCACUGGUUGAUGGGGAUGAAGACUGUCCUGAAGCAGUGACAUACAGUAUGUCAGUGGCGAGAGGAGUGAUAGAGACACUAAGCAGGUUCACUGAUGAGGAUAUCAACUCAAUCCAUGGAGUCAUUCCCAUUUCUCUCCUUGAGGAUGCUGUUGGAUUUAAGAAUCGAUUAAAGAAGCUGGCAAAUGAGUCUUCUCAGUUUGUCACAAACGAUUCUUUGGUAAUGACUCCCAGUAGGUAUGAGAAAGUCCUGACUGCUUUCUGGGCUGGUGUUGCUGAAACGAAGUCGGUGCUAAGAGAAGAAAGUGGAGACACCGAUGGCGACUAUCUUAGAUUUCUCACCAAAGAACAAUGUAUCAUUCUGGUGGAGAAUAUAAACAGUAAGGACGUCGAGGUCAAGUGCAUGCCCGGUAGUGGAGCCACGACUCUGAUGCUGGAGGUGGCUAGGAGACUGAACAGACUUGGGGACACUAUGCUUGUAUGUAGGUCACGAAAGGAGAGGGACAGGCUCAGGUCGGUGUACCCAUCAGCUGUAGCAGCAGAGGAUCUCAGUAUGGUGGACAUGUCGUCCUGCGUGAAUAUAGUCCAUGAAACCAACACGCUCAUGGCACAAACAAGCGGACAACAUUGGCGAUUUACGACCUAUCCAACUGCUGUCAAAGAACUGAAGUCCCAAGUAUUGGAGCAAAAUAUCACAAAGGAGGAUGAGCAGGAUCUUUAUCUUGGGACAAAUGACAUCUUUCGUCCUGACCUGAAACAGAUUGGAAACAGUCUCUUUGAAAUCAGAAGAUACUUUAUUGAGAAGGAUGGCCAGAAUUUUGCGCCAACAAAACUAAGGACCCCUUUAGCACAAGUGAAAGAACGACUCAUCGAACACAUAGAAAAUCAUGCAUACGACUUUGUUUUUGAUCCUCUCACCAAUGAAGUGGUAGAUUUUCCAAAUCCAAAGGCUGGACCAUGUUUUGUGUUCUUGUCCCAUUCGUUAUCAGUUGCGUUAGAUUUCUGCACAUCACCCCGACCAAGCAACAUUGUAUGUGAUGUAUUCCUGGCUCUGCCUACACAGUCUGUGAUAGUUUUGUCACUGGUUGAUGGGGAUGAAGACUGUCCUGAAGCAGUGACAUACAGUAUGUCAGUGGCGAGAGGAGUGAUAGAGACACUAAGCAGGUUCACUGAUGAGGAUAUCAACUCAAUCCAUGGAGUCAUUCCCAUUUCUCUCCUUGAGGAUGCUGUUGGAUUUAAGAAUCGAUUAAAGAAGCUGGCAAAUGAGUCUUCUCAGUUUGUCACAAACGAUUCUUUGGUAAUGACUCCCAGUAGGUAUGAGAAAGUCCUGACUGCUUUCUGGGCUGGUGUUGCUGAAACGAAGUCGGUGCUAAAAGAAGAAAGUGGAGACACCGAUGGCGACUAUCUUAGAUUUCUCACCAAAGAACAAUGUAUCAUUCUGGUGGAGAACAUAAACAGUAAGGACGUCGAGGUCAAGUGGAUGUCCUGUAGUGGAGCCACGACUCUGAUGCUGGAGGUGGCUAGGAGACUGAACAGACUUGGGGACACUAUGCUUGUAUGUAGGUCACGAAAGGAGAGGGACAGGCUCAGGUCGGUGUACCCAUCAGCUGUAGCAGCAGAGGAUCUCAGUAUGGUGGACAUGUCGUCCUGUGUGAAUAUAGUCCAUGAAACCAACACGCUCAUGGCACAAACAAGCGGACAACAUUGGCGAUUUACGACCUAUCCAACUGCUGUCAAAGAACUGAAGUCCCAAGUAUUGGAGCAAAAUAUCACAAAGGAGGAUGAGCAGGAUCUUUAUCUUGGGACAAAUGACAUCUUUCGUCCUGACCUGAAACAGAUUGGAAACAGUCUCUUUGAAAUCAGAAGAUACUUUAUUGAGAAGGGUAACUAAA